AGCUGACCAGAAGCGGAGUUAAUAACUGUGAAAUAGACUUUAGUGCCAGGAUAACAACUCAAGAACCCACAGACCUCAGCUGAAAAGCUUUGCAGAGUUCAGCUCAUUGGAUUUGAUCUUCACCAGAUCUCCAGACUAUGCCCCCACAACCAACCACUUAUUUUUUCUUAUGGACAAGUAAAUAUUUCUCCCUUUCCUAAAGUUCUUUGUGUCUUCACUCCAUGAGCGUCCCUGGUCCUGACUGAAAAUGGACACCGUGGAGCCAGUGCAGCCCAGCCUGAACUCCUCUUAUCAUGCACCUGCUCUGGGAAACCACCAGGCGUCUGAUGAGGAGGACAGCGAGGACAGCAGUCCCUCUGCUUCCCUGCUCCCAAAACAGUCCUCGGUGUCUCUCGCCGUGCGCUACAGUCCAAAUGACUCCUACUGUUUAGUGUACAUUAUCUUUUUUCUGAUGGGCAUCGGCUCGCUGCUGCCGUGGAACUUCUUCAUAACGGCAAAACACUACUGGCUCUACAAACUCAGUAACGGCAGUCACCACGGCGAUGAAGAGGAUCUUCGUUCAGACCUCAGCGAUUACUUUGAAAGUUAUCUGGCCAUCGCCUCCACGGUGCCCUCGGUGCUGUGUCUGAUGCUCAACUACGUUCUUGUUAACAGGUUGUCUUCGAACGUGCGAAUCCUCUCGUCUCUAUUUGUGAUCCUGCUGGUGUUCUUGGUGACUACGAUCAUGGUGAAGGUGGAUGUGUCGGACUGCAGGGUGGAGUUCUUCGUGGGCACACUGGCCAGCGUGGCCGUGGUCAGCGGAGCCUCCAACCUCCUGUCUGGGAGUGUGUUUGGUAUCAGUGGGCAUUUCCCUAUGAGGAUCUCUCAGGCAUUAAUAUCAGGACAGGCCAUGGGAGGCACGCUGAGUGCAGUGGCGUCGAUCGUGGACCUGGCCAUUUCAAAAGAUGCGGCAGACAGCGCUCUGGCUUAUUUCCUGACAGCGGACAUCUUUGUUCUCCUCUGCAUCUUCUCAUAUUUGUUGCUGCCUAAGUUGGCAUAUUCAAAGCACUACAUGCUGGCAUCAACGAGCACCGGUCCUCCGGCUGGCGAGGACGGAGACGCUGCGGCCUCGGUUCCUCCCCUGCAGCCCAUCCUGAGGAAGACGUGGGUGCUCGGCCUGAGCGUGUUCUACGUCUUCUUCAUCUCCAUCAUGGUGUUUCCGGCCGUGUCCUCGGGGAUCCAGUCUGUCCACCAGGACAGCGGCAGCCCCUGGACCACCACUUACUUUGUGCCUAUGACCAGUUUCCUGCUGUACAACGUGGCGGACUUCUGCGGCCGGCAGGCCACAGCCUGGCUGCAGAUCCCCGGCCCCACCAGCCGGGUCCUGCCCGCACUGGUGCUGUGCCGCUCCGCCAUCGUGCCGCUUCUCAUGUUCUGUAACUUCCAGCCCAGGGACCACCUCCACACGGUGCUCUUCGCGCACGACGUGUACCCGGUGGUCUUCAACUGCCUGCUGGGACUCUCCAACGGCUACUUAGGCACGCUGCCGAUGAUCUACGGCCCCAAGGUGGUGCCUCGAGAGCUGGCGGAGGCCACGGGGGUGGUCAUGUCCUUCUUCCUCGCGCUGGGCCUGGCCGCCGGGUCGGCCUUUUCCGUGCUCCUCGUGCACAGUAUCUGAUCAGGACGGUAACCUCGGGCACAGAGGGUCAAAGUGUACCGCUGAAUCCAGCGGCGUGACAUGAGGGAAUUAAGGUUCUCAUUUUAAUCAAGCCUGAUCUCCUUUAUACCUCAUAACGUUGUGUUUACGUGAACAUGACGGCCUUAUCGGUACAGGCAAUAAGGGACUCAGUGAGUUUUUACUGUUUUUUCAGCUGUAUAAAUUUUUCACACAUGAGAUGGAUGUUUUAUCAUGCAUUGUGUGCAUGCCUCUGUAUCUCUCUGUGGUUCUCAUCUGUAAAUGUUAAUCUUUUAAUUCUAAAGCACACUAACAGUUUUCUAUACAUAGAAUCAUGUCUUGACGCAGUGUGAUGCUAACUGGUUAAAGAUUCAAUAUUGCAAUUAAAC